AUGGCUCAACAACAAGAAUUCUUUAUGAAGCUUUGGGAGGACAGAGACGUUAAUAACUGUAAGCAUGAAGUAGUUGCCGAGAAUCCACCGGAAUUCAUGGGGUCGGACGAUCCUGUGGCAUGCAUGAAUUGGCUUCAGGAAAUCGAGCAAGCCUUACGGGCUUGUGACUGUGACGAGGGGCAAAAAGUGAAGUUUGGCUCUCAAAUGCUGAGGGGUGCAGCUCUUACCUGGUGGAACAUUGUCAUCUCAACCAUCGAGGUUACAGAAUUGACCAAGAUGAGUUGGACCACAUUCAAGGAAAAAGUAAUGGAAGAAUAUUGCAAUGAACAAGAGAUAGAUCGCAUCGAAGAAGAAUUUCGAACCCUUAAGAAGGGAAAUUUUUCAGUAAGGGACUACACCCGACUCUUCAUGGAAAAGCUAAACUUGGUGGGACACGUGGCCCCAACAGAGAAAGAUAAGAUGAAGGCCUACCUCAAAGGGCUACCUGCAGACAUGAUGGUAAUGGUUAGGAACUCUAGAGCUUGGCUCAGGGAGGCAAUCGAAGAAGCCAAGGUCUUGGAAUCAGUUUAUUUUAAGGGAAAAGAAGAAAAAUUGUCGAGUGGGGAGAAGAGGAAGUGGGAAGGGCCUUACACACCAUCCAAGAAGCCAAACCACUUUGGCAGCAAAAAUCGUGAAGCCCACCCCAAGCAAGAGGCUAGAUGGUGUCCCAAAUGCCGCAGUAAACAUCACGACCCGUGUAGCACCAACUUUAUCCCCACCAAAUGCUUUAAGUGUGGGAAGACAGGCCAUACACGGAACGAGUGUCCAAUCAAGGGGACCAUAUGUUUUUGA